UGUUGCAAUGACUAAUUGAGGUUCCAUUGAAAGUACUGUGUCCAAUGAAUGUACUUGAGGUGUCCAUUCAUCAGGUAAUGUUUAUUUUUAAUUUUUUUCUCUCACCCUUCACAUGAUUUAGCUUAUCUGGCUGUCCCUGAAUGUCCUGCUUUUCUGGAAAACCUUCCUGCUGUAUAACCAAGGGCCAGAGUAUCACUACCUCCACCAGAUGUUGGGGCUAGGAUUGUGUCUAAGCAGAGCCUCCGCAUCAGUUCUUAACCUCAACUGCAGCCUUAUCCUCUUACCCAUGUGCCGGAUGCUCCUGGCUUACCUUCGAGGAUCCCAGAAGGUUCCAAGCAGGAGAACCAGAAGAUUGUUGGAUAAAAGCAGAACAUUCCAUACAACCUGUGGUGUGACUAUCUGUAUUUUCUCAGGUGUGCACGUGGCCGCCCACCUGGUGAAUGCCCUCAACUUCUCAGUGAACUACCAUGAGGAUUUCGUUGAACUGAAUGCAGCAAGAUACCGAGAUGAGGAUCCUAGAAAACUUCUCUUCACAACUGUUCCUGGCCUGACAGGGGUCUGCAUGGUAUUGGUGCUCUUCCUGAUGAUGACAGCUUCGACAUAUGCAAUACGAGUUUCUAACUAUGACAUCUUCUGGUACACUCAUAAUCUCUUCUUGGUCUUCUACAUGCUGCUGAUGUUACACGUAUCAGGAGGGCUGCUUAAGUAUCAAACUAAUUUAGAUACGCACCCUCCUGGCUGCAUCAAUCUUAAUGGAACCCGCUACCAGAAUAUUCACUUACCAGAGUAUCUCUCAGAACAUUUUCAUGAACCUUUCCCUGGAGGAUUUUCAAAACCAGAUGAGCUUACCCAGAACACAUUUGUGAAGAUUUGUAUGGAAGAGCCCAGGUUCCAAGCUAAUUUUCCACAGACCUGGCUUUGGAUUUCUGGACCUUUGUGCCUGUAUUGUGCUGAAAGGCUUUACAGGUGUAUCCGGAGCAAUAAACCAGUCACCAUCAUCUCAGUCAUAAGUCAUCCCUCAGAUGUCAUGGAAAUCCGAAUGGUCAAAGAAAAUUUUAAAGCAAGACCUGGCCAGUAUAUUGUUCUACAUUGUCCCAGUGUGUCCGCAUUGGAAAACCAUCCAUUUACUCUCACAAUGUGUCCUACUGAAACCAAAGCAACAUUUGGGGUCCACCUUAAAAUAGUAGGAGACUGGACAGAACGAUUUCGAGAUUUACUCCUUCCUCCAUCUAGUCAAGACUCCGAGAUUCUGCCCUUCAUUCAAUCUAGAAAUUAUCCCAAGCUCUACAUUGAUGGUCCCUUUGGAAGUCCAUUUGAAGACUCCCUGAACUAUGAGGUUAGCCUCUGCGUGGCUGGAGGCAUUGGAGUAACUCCUUUUGCAUCAAUACUCAACACUCUGCUGGAUGACUGGAAACCAUACAGGCUUAGAAGACUGUAUUUUAUUUGGGUGUGCAGAGACAUCCAAUCCUUCCGUUGGUUUGCAGACUUACUAUGUGUGUUGUAUAACAAGUUUUGGAAAGAGAACAGACCUGACUAUGUCAACAUCCAGCUGUACCUCAGUCAGACAGAUGGGUUACAGAAGAUAAUUGGAGAAAAAUAUCAAGCACUGAAUUCAAGACUUUUUAUUGGACGUCCUCGGUGGAAACUUCUGUUUAAUGAAAUAGCAAAAUAUAACAGAGGGAAAACAGUUGGUGUUUUUUGCUGUGGACCUAAUUCAAUUUCUAAGACUCUUCAUAAACUGAGUAAUCAAAACAAUUCAUAUGGGACAAGAUUUGAAUACAAUAAAGAAUCUUUCAGCUGAAAACCUUUGAGAUGAACAAGGACUCUAAAGAAGGAAUGAGUGCAAUUUCUAAGACUUUGAAAUGCAGCUGGAUCAAACAACUGUGUCAUGCCAAAGAGUAGCAAGGUUUUCUUAUUUAUGAUUAUUUAAAAUGGAAAUGCAGAGAAUGUGGCAAGAUGACAGGUCACAUUACAUGUUUAAUCUGGAAACCAAAGAGGCCCUGAAGAAUAUUUGAUGUGAUUAUUCACUUUUCACUGCUCAAAUUAAAAGAAAACUAUUAGAUGCACACUGUUGAUUUUUAUGGCAGAUUCAAAAACUCCCUAGUAAGGUGUGGCUCACUGAGAGGCUGAUAGCUUUGGUCCUCUUUAAAUUGUUUUUGGUUGAACAAAUGCAAGAUUGAACAAAAUUAAAAAUUCAUUGAAACU